UUGGUGUGAGAGAGAAAAGAAUCUGGCCAGUUGGGCCAAGUUGCUUCCUGCCACUUCACUACCAGUCUUUGGGGGUAAAAGCUGCCUCUACCCACAACACUACGUUGACUCUCUCAACUCAAUUUUUAUAGGCUCUGUAUCAGGAUCAGGGAAAAGAGGGAGAAGGCAGUUGAAAAAGGCUGAUUUGAAGGAAGUCUGUAAUAGUCUUUAAAUAAUCACAGAAUUUGGGGGUAGGUAUUGAAUACUGAAGUUCAUUUGAAGUGUUGAUUUUUCUUAUAUUUUGUCUUGGAGGCCUUGAACCUGAGACCUCACCAUAAUUUUGCACCAUUUUUAUACCUUACUGAUUCAUAUUACACCACAGAGAUUAUUAACUUUAGGUAAUUACAGCAACAUUCACGUGCCAAAUAGUUUGUUCUUAUUGGACAAUAUCAUGCUUCUAUUUCUAGAAACAUUCCCCAUGAAGACCUUUAGUUCUGAAGAUAUUUAAAGAGAGGAAGUUUGGAGAUCAACCAUGGAUCGCAAGGCUGAGGAGAAGAGAAAGCAGCGCCACAGCUUGACUUUACUGGAGCAAGUAAAGAGGAUGAAGGAAUCCACACAGAUAAUCGAUGUGGUGCUGGUAGCAGAAGGUGAGAGAUUCCCCUGCCAUAAAGUGGUGCUGGCUGCCUUCAGUGCCUAUUUCAGAGCCAUGUUCACGUGUGGCCUGGCAGAGUGCACGCAGAGGGAGGUGGUGCUGCACGACAUCUCUGCCGAGAGCGUGUCGGUGAUCCUGCACUACGUGUACAGCGCCGAGCUGCGCCUCACCAGCCACAACGUGCAGACUGUCGCCCUCGCUGCCUUCUUCAUGCAGAUGGAAGAGGUUUGCAAUAUGUGUCAGAAGUACAUGAUGGACCAUAUGGAUGCUUCCAACUGUGUGGGCAUCUAUUACUUUGCAAACCACAUCGGGGCGGAAGAUUUAUGUGACCAAGCGAGGAAAUACAUGUAUCAGCAUUUUGCUGAGGUGAGCUUGCAGGAAGAAAUACUAGAGAUUGAGUUCCACCAGCUGCUGACUCUCAUCAAAUCAGAUGAUCUGAAUAUUUCCAGGGAGGAGAGCAUUCUGGAUCUCGUCAUUAGAUGGGUCAAGCACAGCAGAGAGUCACGUUCAGAACACCUUGUUGAGCUCCUCAAGCAAGUGAGACUGGUGCUUGUCAGCCCCUCUUUUCUUGUGGAAGCCCGGAAAAGGAACACAAUUAUUCUGUGCAAUUCAGAAUGCAAUGAUUUGUUCGAGGAAGCACUGAAAGCCAUCCAACUGUCCAGCCACCCUUCCCUCAGCUUGCGAUACGGCAUGGAGACUACGGAUCUCCUGCUCUGCAUCGGCAACAACUCCCUCGGCAUCAGGUCCAGGCAUGGCAGCUAUGCAGAUGCCAGCUUUUGUUACGCUCCUGCGACACGAAAAACGUACUUCAUUUCCUCCCCGAAGUAUGGAGAGGGCUUGGGAUGUGUUUGCACUGGUGUUGUCACUGAGAAAAAUGAUAUCAUUGUGGCAGGCGAGGCAAGCGCCGUCAAAAUGUCUAGACAAAGGACCAGGAACAUUGAAAUUUAUAGAUACCACCAGCGAGGAAACCACUUUUGGCACAGUCUGUGCACCACUCAGCUCCGUGAGCUCUACGCCCUGGGCACUGCCCACGACGACCUCUAUGUAAUAGGAGGGCAAAUGAAAGAGAAGAAUCAGUACCUGGUCACGAACUGUGUGGAGAAGUAUUCCAUGGAGCAAGGCACCUGGAGAAGCACGGCACCUCUGCCAGUACCACUGGCCUGCCACGUGGUGGUGACAGUGAAGGACAAGCUGUACGUGCUGGGUGGAUGGACACCACAGAUGGAUCUGCCUGACGAGGAGCCGGAUCGAUUAAGCAACAGAACGUUUCGGUACGACCCGGGCCAAGACAAAUGGAUGGAAAGAGCUCCAAUGAAGUUCUCCAAGUACCGCUUCAGCACAGCCGUAGUCAAUGGGGAGAUUUAUGUCUUGGGAGGAAUUGGGUGCCUUGGUUAUGACAGAGGACAGACACGGAAAUGUCUUGAUGCAGUGGAGAUUUAUAACCCUGAUGGAGACUUUUGGAGGGAUGGACCCCCUAUGCCUUCUCCCCUCCUCUCCUUACGAACAAACUCUACCAGUGCAGGCUGCGUGGAAGGGAAGCUGUACCUCUGUGGAGGAUUUCAUGGAGCAGCUCGUCAUGAAGUGAUCACCAAAGAGAUCCUGGAGCUGGACACGUGGGAGAACCAGUGGAACGUGGUGGCCACCAAUGUCCUCAUGCACGACAGUUACGAUGUGUGCCUUGUUGCUCGGCUGAACCCACGGGAUCUUAUCCCUCCUCCUCCAGAUUUAGUGAAUCAAUAG